GCCCGCUCGCCCGCCCGGGCCUCGCCUCCGGCCGCUCCCUCCGCCUCCUCCCCGCCCCGAGCCCCCGUCAACCCGUCCUUCCUUCCCCUCCCGUGCAUGAUGGAAACACCAUGGCUGCGGCGGCCCAGCUCUCCCUGACACAGUUAUCAAAUGGGAAUCCUCUAUAUGAAAAAUACUAUAGACAGGUUGAUACGGGCAAUACUGGAAGAGUAUUGGCUUCUGAUGCUGCGGUGUUCCUGAAAAAAUCAGGACUUCCAGACCUGAUACUUGGAAAGAUCUGGGAUUUAGCUGACACAGAUGGCAAAGGUAUCCUGAACAAACAAGAAUUCUUUGUUGCUUUGCGGCUUGUGGCAUGUGCCCAGAAUGGAUUGGAGGUUUCACUGAGUAGUUUGAACCUGGCUGUUCCUCCACCAAGAUUUCAUGAUACCAGUAGUCCUUUGCUAAUCAGUGGAACUUCUGCAGCUGAGCUCCCAUGGGCUGUAAAAUCUGAAGAUAAGGCCAAAUAUGAUGCAAUUUUUGAUAGUUUAAGCCCAGUGAAUGGAUUCCUGUCUGGUGAUAAAGUGAAACCAGUGUUGCUCAACUCUAAAUUACCUGUGGAUAUUCUUGGAAGAGUUUGGGAGUUGAGUGAUAUUGACCAUGACGGAAUGCUUGACAGAGAUGAGUUUGCAGUUGCCAUGUUUUUGGUAUACUGCGCAUUGGAGAAAGAACCUGUGCCAAUGUCCUUGCCUCCAGCCUUGGUGCCACCUUCUAAGAGGAAAACGUGGGUUGUAUCCCCUGCAGAAAAAGCUAAAUAUGAUGAAAUCUUCUUGAAAACUGAUAAAGAUAUGGAUGGAUUUGUGUCUGGAUUGGAAGUCCGUGAAAUCUUCCUGAAGACAGGUUUACCUUCUGCCUUACUAGCCCAUAUUUGGGCAUUAUGUGACACAAAGGACUGUGGGAAGCUUUCAAAAGAUCAGUUUGCCUUGGCUUUUCACUUAAUCAAUCAAAAAUUAAUAAAGGGCAUUGAUCCUCCUCACAUUCUUACUCCAGAGAUGAUUCCACCAUCAGAUAGGGCCACUUUACAAAAGAACAUCAUAGGAUCAAGUCCUGUUGCAGAUUUCUCUGCUAUUAAGGAGCUAGAUACCCUUAACAAUGAAAUAGUUGACUUACAAAGGGAAAAGAAUAAUGUGGAACAGGACCUUAAGGAGAAAGAAGAUGCUAUUAAACAGAGAACAAGCGAGGUUCAGGAUCUUCAAGAUGAAGUUCAAAGGGAGAAUACUAACCUGCAAAAACUACAGGCCCAGAAACAGCAAGUACAAGAACUCCUUGAUGGGCUGGAUGAGCAGAAAGCCCAGCUGGAGGAGCAACUGCAGGAAGUCAGAAAGAAGUGUGCCGAGGAGGCCCAGCUGAUCUCAUCUCUGAAAGCUGAAUUAACUAGUCAAGAAUCACAGAUCUCCACUUAUGAAGAAGAGCUGGCCAAAGCUAGGGAAGAGCUAAGUCUCCUACAGCAAGAAACAGCAGAGUUGGAAGAGAGUGUGGAGUCAGGGAAGGCCCAGCUGGGACCUCUUCAGCAGCACCUACAAGAUUCACAGCAAGAAAUCAGUUCAAUACAGAUGAAACUGAUGGAAAUGAAAGAGCUGGAAAACCAAAAUAAUCAGUUAAAUUGGUGCAGUAGUCCACACAGCGUUCUUGUGAAUGGCGCUACAGAUUAUUGUAGCCUCAGCACCAGCAGCAGUGAAACAGCCAAUCUUAAUGAGCACACUGAAGGCCAGAGCAAUCUAGAGUCUGAGCCCAUACACCAGGAGUCUCCAGCAAGAAGUAGUCCUGAAAUACCACCUUCUGGUGUGACUGAUGAAAACGAAGUGGUGACUGCAGCUGUUAAAGAAAAAAUUUGUCCUGAAUUUAAUAGUGACAGACGUUCAAAAGAGGAAGAUCCAUUUAAUGUAGAAUCAAGUUCACUGACAAAUCCAGUUGCAGAUUCAAACUUGGAUUUUUUCCAGUCUGAUCCUUUUGUUGGCAGUGACCCUUUCAAGGAUGAUCCUUUUGGGAAAAUUGAUCCAUUUGGAGGUGAUCCUUUCAAAGGUUCAGAUCCAUUUGCAUCUGACUGUUUUUUCAAGCAAUCUUCUACUGAUCCUUUUGCCGCUUCAAGUACUGACCCUUUCAGUGCAGCCAGCAAUAGCAGUAAUACAUUGGUAGAAACAUUAAAGCACAAUGAUCCUUUUGCUCCUGGUGGAACAGUUGUUGUUGCAGCAAGCGAUUCGGUUUGGAUGCCUUUUUCCCCCCCUUGCGUAUUUGCUGUGGCUAGGAUUUCUAUGUUGAAUAGAAGUGGUGAAGCCAUAGACCCCUUUGCUUCUGUUUUUGGAAAUGAAUCAUUUGAAGAUGGAUUUGCUGACUUCAGCACAUUGUCAAAGGUCAGCAAUGAAGAUCCUUUUAGUUCAGCCUCAUCAAGCUCCAUCAACAGUGUGGUCAUUGCAAAAAAUAUGCUUGAGGAAACAUCUGUCAAAAAUGAAGAUGUACCUCCAGCACUGCCACCAAAGAUCGGAACUCCAACAAGACCCUGCCCACCACCACCUGGGAAAAGACCCAUCAGCAAAUUGGAUUCUUCUGAUCCCUUUAAACUGAAUGAUCCAUUUCAGCCUUUCCCAGGCAAUGAUAGCCCCAAAGAAAAAGAUCCUGAUAUGUUUUGUGAUCCAUUUACUUCUUCUACUACUACUACCACUACCAAUAAAGAGGCUGACCCAAGCAAUUUUGCUAACUUCAGUGCUUAUCCCUCUGAAGAAGACAUGAUUGAGUGGGCCAAGAGGGAAAGUGAGAGAGAGGAAGAGCAGAGGCUUGCCCGACUGAAUCAGCAAGAGCAAGAAGACUUAGAACUGGCUAUUGCACUCAGCAAAUCUGAAAUAUCAGAAGCAUGAAGAAUUCUCCUGUUCUUUGUCAACCACAUAGUACUCUCCUUCCUGAAUACUGAAGCUAUUUACAAUGUGUAUCAAAACUACCUAUGAGCAUGGGAAUACAAAAGGUUUGAGAUUCCUGUAAAUGUGACAAAAGUUUUGUUUUUUUUAAACUCCCAUUUCAGAUUUGUCUUUUUUUUUUCCCCCUGUAAAAGCGGUAACACAAACAUCACCUAGGCCCCUGUUCUGGUGUGCAUUUAGUGUGAGCUUUUCCCUGCCUGUGCUACCUUUACUUGUAAAGCUAGAGCACCCAAGCUUCUGCCUUCUGGAAUAUAGAGAAAUAGUUUCACCCCUGUGCUACCCUUGUUCUAUAGUUACUCUGAUGAGAGCCAGUGGGGUUCUUAGAGUUGCCAGUAUUCUCCCCUAAUUUAAAUGGUUGAAAGAGGGGAAGGAAAAGAACAUCCUAUUUCUUUUAUGAUAGAGCAAAUUGGCUAGUUUAAAAUAUGUUUGUAUUUCCUUAUAAUCAAGAUACUGCUCAAUUUGGUUUUUUAUAGAUAAGAAAAAAUAUUUUGCAUAAAUUGACUCCACUAUUGAAAGAGGGAUGCUUUAGAUUGAACCAUUAUAGCUUCAGACUCAAUCUUUUCCUAAAUAAAAACGUUAAAGCCUCAUGUGUGAAAUAUAUUUAAAUUUUUUUUUCUAUGGAUUUAGAGAAUUUUAGAUAAACAGAUACCUCUCCAUAAUUUUAAGCACUAGAGAGUGGAGAAAAGUAUCACUUAAAAUAUACCCAUCAGUAUAUAAGGUGAGCAAAAAUCUUAACCUGGCAGCCAUUCUGCCAUUGCUAUGACAGUGUCCUCUUUAGUUCAUGGUGGGCUUAUUUGUUUUACUUUUGCAACAGAAACUAGCCAGAACUGGAAGGUACUUUAACUUUCUGUAUAUAUAUAUAUUUUGUUUUGUUUUGUUUUGUUUUCUUUAAUGAAGUCUUAAUUUACUUGAAAUGUAAAAACAUUCACUGAAUACAAAUGAAAAAAAGUGACUUAUUAAAUCA